GGGGCCACCAGGGCUUUAUGGGGUUGAUUCGGAUUGUCCAGAACUAGGACUAUAGAAGAUUAGAUAGGAAAGCUGCUGGACAAAGAACCGGGGAGCCAGGUGAGCUGAGCUAUGUGCGUAUGGCAAAGUGAAUAUCAAUCAGCAUCGGGAUAGGAAUGAGGGAAAAUCUGCAUCGUCGAAUCUCCAGACGUUAUCGCCGCCUUCAAUAUCAAACAGUAUAUCUUCAUAAAUGAAUCAACCACAAGACAAGGCACAAUCUCAGCCUCACAAUCCAAGAACUCACGCUAAGAUAGCAAAAGAUUUAAGCUUUAAGGUUACUUAUCACCAAACCAAACCACAAGAUUUCCCUUGAUCGACGAAAUCAAGUUCUAGAAUUUACAGGUUCACAUCCACUGCUUCUCUCGCCGUCCAAUUCUACAACCUACAACCUACAACCUACAACCAACAACCAUCGUCUCUCCUUACAAUUCUACAAUCCUCAAAGAUGGACCUCCCUUCAAUGGAAGUGCCAAAUCCUAACGUCGUGCCCAUCAUGACUUCAGCAGGUAUCAGCGCCGAUGAAAUCGCUCUCUACGAUCGUCAAAUCCGACUCUGGGGCGUUCAAGCCCAAGAGAAAAUCCGUUCGGCCAACAUCCUCCUCAUAACCAUGAAAGCCCUCUCCAACGAAAUAGCCAAGAAUCUCGUCUUGGCCGGCAUCCAUUCCCUGACCAUCUGCGAUCACUCUAUCGUCAUCCCCGCCGACCUAGGUGCUCAAUUUUUCAUCUCCGAAGCUGAUAUUGGGACCAACCGUGCUGAAGCCGCUGCUCCUCAGAUACGAAAAUUGAAUCCGAGAGUAAAUGUGAUUGUGGAUAAAGAUGACAUCAGAAGCAAAGGACCACAAUAUUUUGGGGGUUUUGAUAUUGUGAUUGCGACGGAUCUGGACCCCGAGAGUUUGAACAUCAUUAAUACGGCUACGAGAUUGAAUCACAAACCUUUCUAUGCGGCGGGGGUCCAUGGAUUCUAUGGCUUUAUUUUCUCGGAUUUGAUUCAACAUGAUUAUGUGGUGGAGAGAGAACAAAGUAACAGACCUACGCUUCUACAACCGGAAACACGAACCCGCAGUGUCAUUGAUGUCAAGACGAAGAAAGAAAAUGGAAAAUCCAUGGAGGUUGUUACAAAGAGGGAGUUUUAUUCGACUUGGUUUUUGGCUAGUGAUGCUGCAACAUUACCUGCUGAAUAUCUCAAAAGCAGACGUCGUUUAAAGGCAGUUACUCCAGUUCUAACAUGCCUACGAGCAUUAUGGGAGUUUGUUCAACUUCAGAAUGGCCGAUUGCCUUCAACCAAAGAAGAUCUUCAACUCUUUACCGUCUUAGCCCAUAAAAAGCAUACAGCUUUGGGGCUUCCUGUUGAAACUUUACGUUCAGAAGUCCUACGAAGUUUCCUUCAAAAUCUUGGUAGCGAAAUAGCUCCUGUUACAGCCGUCCUUGGUGGUCAACUUGCACAAGAUGUUAUUAACGUGCUUGGUCACCGACAACAACCGAUUCAAAAUAUGGUCUUGUUUGAUGGAGAUACAAUGGAAGCACCAAUGUAUGCUUUGCAUCCUGAAGGUACUCUUGGUGAAGGGUUGCUGAAAUCCGGUGGAGAGAUUCUCAUGAAUGGCCCAGUGAUGGCACAACAAGUAUCAUUUCCUCUGGAUGUAAUUGAACUCUAGAUUCCGGCAAAUGCGAGAAAAAUUCGACGACUUCAAGAUCUGGCGGAAAUGGCGUUAUAUCGGAGGAGUUUCAGGGUAAAUGUACAAAUAGAUGAUAUCUCAUAGUAUGGCAAAUAGCCAACUAAGCAUAAUGAAUAACAAUGUUUUCGCCGAUCGGAUGAAAGAGUAUUGUCUUUUCA